UGCGAUCGGUGCCGCGAUAUCGAGUCUUGUUUUAUUUCUUAGUGGUAUUUGUCGUGCGCGUUAGGAUAAUAAUCGAGAUGGAGGUGAUGGACCUGAGCGUCAAAAAUAAACCGCUGGUGUCGACCAGUUCCUUUCGUCCGUAUGAAGCUAAAAUGGAACCAUUUUACGGAAUGGUCAACCACCACGCUCUCCAAACCCCUUUAGUACUACCACCAACGUUCAGUCAUCACCCUGGAGAUUUCAUAAGGGUACCCAAUCUACAACCACACAGUGCACUUUCGACCAUCGUGCCUAACCAUCAACGCUACAGCUCAGAAACGGAAUCGGACAACAUUUCCACCCAUUCGAGUUCACAUGACGAAUCCGACCUGCCCGAUUCUUCUUCAAGACUUCCGGAUAUUAAUUCGAACAGUCUAUGCGCCAAUCCAUACGGCAGAAGCGUCAGCAGACCUUUCAAAAGCAUUAACCCCUUAGCCAUGUCUUUAGGAACGUUCAGGAUGGACAAGGAUUCGAUGGCGGCUUACGAGGAGUUCCGUCAGAAGAUGUUGUCCCAAGUGCAAGGCGCGACCGGGAACGAAAUAAACAAAAAUAUGAGAAGGACCAUUCAGGCUUCGAAUCCGCAAAGUUCGGAUCCGAGUUAUUUAGAAAAGAGAAAAAAGAAUAACGAAGCUGCAAAGAGGUCUCGUGACGCGCGUAGAGCAAAGGAAGACGAGAUCGCAAUCAGGUGUGCAUUCCUCGAGCAGGAAAACGUUAAGCUCAAGCUGCAAUUGGCCACCAUCGAGCGACAAAAGAAAGCACUGCUGGAGAUGACCGGCAGACGAUGAACAAGAUGGCAUCGUCUAUUGUGUUUUAAAAGUGUGAUUUCGAUUCUUGUCAUUAGUUUAGUUUACGUGUAAAUAAUAGACAGAGGGACGCCAUGUUUAAUAUAGCAGACAUUUUUGGUAGUUUGUUUACUUACUUCCCUGGCAAGGUCGGGUGACUGUAGUUAAUUGUAAUCUCCCACAAAACCAAACUCAAUAUCUUUUAUUAUUAAAUUAAACCCUAUAUGAUAUUAAAUACUUUAGUCUCCUGAAAUGUCCUUUUUAAAAAUUAAAGUUUUUCGAUUUAUUUUUAUCGCAUAUUAGGGGAAAAUUUAUAUUUUAACAUAAUAUAUC